AUGGGGCUGGUGAUGGUGCUCCUUGUCCUGGCCCUGUCUUUCCAGGGCCAGUUCCCCUGGAUUUCCUUUGGCAGCAUCGCCCUCAUAUUUUUGUUCACCCUCUCCUAUGGUCUUGGCCCAUCUGGUGCCAUCUUCGCGGUUAUAAUGGAGAUUUUUGGCCAGUCAGUAAGGCCAUCGGCAUUGACCAUCAUUGGAAUAGUCAGCUGGGUGGGCCUCUUCCUGGUCGGGAUGACGUUUCCUUUUCUUGUGGAGGUCCUCGGCCACUUCUGCUUCCUCUUCUUCUUCGUUGUGCUCCUCGUGGUGGGGAUCUUCAUCUACAGGUACCUGCCAGAGACAAAGGGAAGGUCCAUCAGCGAGAUCACCGAAGAAUUCAAAAGGAUGCGUUUGGGGAAGAGAAUGGCUAUCACCGCUCGGGGAAAGAUGGCCGCCACCGACCACAGUUUUUGUACCAAGUUGUGAUGGCAGCUGCUGUUUGGGUGAAGUGGGCCCUCAGGGCCAACAGGAGGGGGAGAGUAAACUCUUAGCAGGCUGGUGUUUCCGAAUGCCAGUUGAAUCAGCUGCCGGGCGGAAGGUGAACAAGGCGUUGAGGGGGAACAGAAGGCUUCCUUCUCCAGCUGCGCUUCUGAAUACUCUUCUGAAGCUAGCAUUUGCAUUGGGAAAGGGGGCUUCUCCCAUUGGUGCCAGUGAGAGCCCCCCCUCUUGAAAAGAAAAGAAAAAAGAAAGCAAAUGCCAGCUUCGGAAAAUGAAUUCUUCUCAAAACUAAGCCUAUCCUUUUGUUUAGGAGUCGGACAUGACUAAACAACAAGAACAAAAUUCCGACACAUUGAUGUUGACAUGUUUUAAUCUCUAUUUUUCUGUUAUUUUUUAAUUAUCUUACAAUGUUUUCCAGUGUUUUUAAUGAUAGUUUUAAUAUUUAUUGUAAACGGCUUAGAGGUUUUGCUACAAUCAUGCGGUGUAUAAAUUUUGUUGAAAUGAAUAAGUAAAGAAAUCAAAGCAGAAGGGGAAAGGGUUAAAUUUGUCCCGCCCUGCCUGCUCUGAUCCCAGCCCCAGCCCUAGCACAAUUUGCAUUCUUUAAAAAUCCAUGCAUUGCUGCAAAGAGGCUUUUAACUGCAUGCCUGGAGUCCAGGGUUGGCCCUUAUUUGAAGAAUCCCUAUGAUCUGGAGUUGUUAAUCCUGUUCUUGCUUUACCAUGAGGGGCAGGGGGGGGGGCUUUUGUUUACUGCAAGCAACAUUGCUGAGUUUUCCAUGAGCAGAGUCAACUGCAUAAAUUAGGGACUGGUUACUUGGCGAUUUUUAGCAAUGUAGGUGGAACAGAAGCUGAGUUCUCAUGCUUGGGAUAGUUUUUCCAGUUUGAAACACAUCAAAAUAAAGGCUGAAUUCUUGGGGUAGAUAGGAAAGGAAACCCAUGGCUAGGUAUGGGUACCUGGGCGUAGCCUGGUAU